GAGGAGGAGGAGGAUGGUGCCGACGAUACCAGCGCCGGAAUGGAGGGACCUUCGCAGAGCACUCCCUGCCUUUUCUGCGACAGAUUUUUCAGUUCAGCUGAAGAUAGUUUUUGCCAUUGUACCUCAGACCACGGAUUCAAUAUUGAAAUGAUGGUUCAAAAACAUAGGCUUGACUUCUAUGGCUACAUUAAGCUAGUAAAUUUUAUUAGGUUGCAGAAGCCAGAUGCAGAGUAUGUAAAUUCUCUUAGACCUCCGUUUCCUUGGAAUGAAGAUAACUAUUUGAAGCCUGCAAUAGAAAAUGACUUAUUACUACAGUUUGAUGUAGAGGACCUUCUUGAUUCUCCUAGUAUUUCCUGUCCUAAUGGAGUAUCUGAGGCGUCAUCUCUUCUUGAAUGCUUGAAAAAUGCUGAGCACAGAACUGAAUUGGCAGAAGCUGCUUUGGCCAGAGCCCAAGAUGAUCUACAGAAAAUGAGGCAAUUUGCGCAGGAUUUGGUGAUGAACACAGAAAUCGGAAGUAGCUCAUCUCCCAGCACGACUGGGAACUUAAAGGAGGAUGAGGAAGACGUUUACUUCAGCUCAUACGGGCACUUUGGGAUCCAUGAAGAAAUGCUAAAGGAUAAAGUGCGUACUGAAAGCUAUCGUGACUUCAUUUAUCUAAACCCGCACAUCUUUAGAGAUAAGAUUGUCCUAGAUGUUGGAUGUGGCACUGGAAUCCUUUCCAUGUUUGCUGCCAAAGCGGGUGCAAAAAAGGUGAUAGGAGUAGAUCAAUCUGAAAUCAUUUAUCAAGCCAUGGACAUCAUUAGGUAGGCACCCUUUACAGAUUCGACUUCAUUAAAAUCAAAUAUAUGAUAAUGCUUAAAGAGAAAAUAAAGGAACUUUGAAUGGA